AUGCCCAAACAUUCCUUCACUGAUUUGUUAAUUGUUGCAAUAAGUGAUGAUCAUCAUACUUCCGAUGAUGAUAAUGAUGAUGAACAUGAUUGUGAUAAAUUAAUAUUUAAACAUUUUCAACAAAUUUCCUCUGCCAGAAUUGAAAAAAACAAAUCAAUUUAUAAGCAUCUAUUAUUAUUAGAAAACCGAUUAGAAACCAUUUCCACAUUCAUUGAAAAAUAUCCAUUUCCUGAUAAUGAUUGUAAAUUGGCAAUUUUUAAAGCAGUGAGUAAAAAUGGAUUAUUUCUGGAAGCAGCUUCUGCAAAUUUGAGAAAUGAUGAGGAAAUUGUAAUGAGAGCUGUUAAAAAAAAUGUAAAUGCUAUAGAGUUUGUGAGUGAAGAAUUGAGAAGUGAUAGAGAAUUUGUGAAGAGGAUGAUUGUUUCUGCAAGGGAAAGACUUGGUGGUACUUGUAGCUUUUUCAAACAUCUCGACAAAUUUCAUGACGAUGAGGAAAUUGUAAAAAUGAUGGUGAAGAAAUUUGCCAAUUCUCUAGAAUUUGUAUCUACACGAUUGAAGAAUGAGAGGGAAAUUAUUUUGGAGGCUGUUAAAAGGAGAGGUUCAUCUAUUAGAUUUGUACCAGAACAUUUGAUCGAUAGAGAGGUGGUGUUAAUAUCUGUGAAAAGUUUUUUUCUGGCACUGAAAUAUGUACCUUCAGAGUUUUUAAAUGAUAGAGAAAUUCUCUCUGCUGCUAUUGACUUUUCAGGAAUUUCAAUGCAAUAUGCAUCUGAUGAGAUUAAGAGUGAUAGAGAGUUUGUUCUAGAAAUGGUAAAAUUGAAGGGUGAUUGUUAUUGUUAUAUAGCAGGCCAUCUCAAACUUGAUAGGGAAAUAGCCAUAGAAGCUAUAAAGACAAGUUCACAAAGUUUAAGAUAUGCACCUGAUCAUUUCAAAGAUGAUGAUGAAAUUGUUUCAAUAGCAGUUAGAAAAGAUUUGUCCAUUGUUUCUGCUGCUUCACAGAGAUUUAGAGAUAAUGCUGAUUUUAUCUAUGAUAUGGCUUCAUCAGCAUCUCGAGUGCUUGAUUAUAUUACAAAUUGUAAUUAUCCUUUGGCUAACGAUAGAGAAUUUAAUCUAAGAUUGGUAGAAAAAUUUGCCAAUUACAGUGAGGAUAUUAAAUAUGCACUAAAUCACGGAAUAGAAAAGGAACUUAUUUUGAAAUUAAUAGAGAUAGAUCCUGAUUGCUUUGUAAAGGUACAGAGUGAGGAUAUUAAGAAUGAUAGAAAAUUAUUAUUCGAUUUAUUACCACAUGGGGAGGAAAUUCUUGACCUAAUUCCUGAGAGUUUGAGUAAUGACAGAGAACUCAUUCUAAGAGCUGUGAAAAUUUAUCCUAUCGCUUUAAAGAUGGCUUCCGAGGAGCUGCGUGCUGAUAGAGAUAUUGCUGUUCAGGCAUUAAUGUGUAGUGUUGAUAACUUUGAGUUUUUAUCAGAGGAAUUAAGAAGUGAUGGAAAGAUAAUAGAGGACAUUCUUAUUAGGGAUGCCUAUGUGUUGCAAUUUGCGCCAGAAUCAUUUGGAAAUGAUAGAGAAAUAAUAACAACAGCUAUCAGAAACUCAUUCUCUAAUACUUAUUCUUUUAUAGGGUAUGAACUAAAGGAGGAUAGGGAGCUUAUUUUAGACUAUGUAAAGAGAUGUGGAUCUAUUGAAAAUAUUCUUCAAGAUUUUCGAAACGAUAGGGAAAUUGUACUAACAGCUAUUCAACAAAAUGGAAGUGAAUUUCAGUACGCCUCCAAAUCUCUACGUAGUGAUAGAGAGCUAGCAUUAAUUGCCGUCAGAAACUCAUGUUCUUUAGAGCAUGUACUUGUGGAAAAAUUCGAUAGAGAGCUUGUUUAUGAAGCUUGCAAAAUUGAAUCAGAAAAUCUUGAAUAUGCUUCAGAGUUUAGAGAUGAUGAAGAUAUUGUUAUGGUGGCAGCUUGUUCUGAUACUGGUUCAAAGUUUUUCCAGUACGCAAGUGAUCGAUUGAGAAAUAAUAGAGAUUUUGUUUUGAAGGUUGCAAAGGUAAAUGCUGGAAUCAUUCGAUACAUUUCAGAAGAGCUUUGUCAAGAUAGGGAAAUUAUCAUGACUGCUGUUUCAGCUGAUGGAAAGUUAUUAAAACAUGCAUCAGAAGAAUUGAAAGGCGAUAGACAAGUUGUGGAAAAGGCAAUCAAUUCAUAUUCUCGUUCCUUGAAAUUUGCUUCUGAAUAUUUAAGAAAAGAUCAAGAGUUAUUUGAAAAAGCUAUAUCAAAAGAAUUAACCUAUUCUCUCGCCACAAAUAAGGAAAUGAUGAACAAAAUUGAUGUGAAAAUAAUAGAGAAAUGUGUGGUUGAACAAGGAUAUUCACUUAGUUAUGUACCUGAUUCUGUAAAAAGGAAUAGAAGUCUUGUUAUUAAGGCUGUAAAUGCUGACAUGGAUAAUAUUUUACAUGUGCCACACGAGUUGAUUGACAAGGAAUUCAUUAUGGAAUUGUCUCCAGCCAAGUUCAAUAUAUUAUUACUUCCACUCAAAUGGAGAAGAGAUAGAGAUAUAGUAUUGAAGGCAUUGGAAAGUAAUGGAAAAACAAUAGUUUACCUUUCAGAGGAAUUUAAAAAUGAAUUUAAAAACAACAGGGAAAUAUUACUGAAAGCAAUGAAAACUGACAGCAUUCCUUUCAUUUAUGCAAGUGAAGAAUUACAAAAUGAUAGAGAAUUUGUUUUGGAAUCUGUUGCAACAAAUGGAAAGGUAUUAAAUCACGUACCACUUGAAUAUCAGCUAGACAGAGAAAUUGUCUUGACAGCUGUCAAAAAUGAUGGAAAUUCUAUUGAAUUUGGAGCCACUUGCUUCAUGAAAGAUAGAGAAAUUAUGUGGAAUGUAGUUCAAAACUUUUUAUCAGAGAAAAAUACAUCCAAUCCACUUAUUUAUGGCUCAUUUGAAAUACGAAGUGAUAGAGAACUAGUUCUGGAAGCUGUUCGACAUGAUUACAACGCCCUAGACUAUGCUGCUCAAGAAUUGUUAUGUGAUGAAGAAUUUAUGACCCAAUGUGUGGAAAUUAACAUUAACAGUCUAAUGUAUGCCCAUUAUCAAUUAAGAUUCAACAUUGAUUUCCUUAAACGAUUGAACAAGACAGAAAUUAUUAGUGAAACAACUGAUUUACAUGACUGUAUUGAUAUUGAAGGACUAUUAGGAUAUUAUCCAAAGUUAAAAGGUUUAAUUUAA